UCUGCUCUGGCCGCCCCCCUCCCCCUCCUUCCCGCCUCCCGCCAGCCGGGCCGGAGGCAGCGCGGGCGCCGGGCGGAGGAGGCGGAGGUCGCGGCGCCGGCCGCCCCGCUACCAGAAUGUCCACAGAUGGUGGCUUCGGCACAGCUAGCAAUAGCGAUGCCCAGCAAAGCCUCCAGUCCUUCUGGCCACGAGUCAUGGAGGAGAUACGCAAUCUCACACUGAAAGACUUCAGAGUUCAAGAACUCCCUCUGGCUCGUAUUAAGAAGAUAAUGAAACUAGAUGAAGAUGUGAAGAUGAUCAGUGCAGAAGCUCCUGUGUUGUUCGCCAAGGCAGCUCAGAUAUUCAUAACAGAAUUGACUUUGCGAGCAUGGAUACACACAGAAGAUAACAAGCGGAGGACUCUGCAGAGGAAUGACAUUGCCAUGGCAAUUACAAAGUUUGAUCAAUUUGACUUUCUUAUCGAUAUUGUUCCAAGAGAUGAACUGAAGCCUCCAAAGCGGCAGGAAGAGGUGCGUCAGGCUGUGACCCCAGCUGAGCCUGUACAGUAUUAUUUCACACUUGCUCAGCAGCCUGCUGCAGUGCAGGUUCAGGGGCAGCAGCAAGGACAGCAGACCACCACGUCUACGACGACUAUCCAGCCAGGACAGAUCAUCAUCGCCCAGCCUCAGCAAGGGCAGAGCACCCCCGUGACGAUGCAGGUUGGAGAAGGCCAGCAGGUACAGAUAGUGCAGGCCCAGCCGCAAGGACAGACCCAGCAGGCUCAGAGUGGAACUGGGCAGACCAUGCAAGUCAUGCAGCAGAUCAUCACCAAUACAGGAGAAAUCCAGCAAAUACCGGUUCAGUUGAAUGCUGGCCAGCUGCAGUAUAUCCGCUUAGCCCAACCUGUGUCAGGCACCCAGGUAGUCCAGGGGCAGAUCCAGACGCUUGCAACCAAUGCACAGCAGAUAACGCAGACAGAAGUCCAGCAAGGACAGCAGCAGUUCAGCCAGUUCACAGACGGACAGCAACUUUAUCAGAUCCAGCAAGUGACCAUGCCUGCAGGCCAGGACAUCACCCAGCCCAUGUUCAUUCAGUCCACCAACCAAACCUCAGACGGCCAAGCCACGCAAGUGACCGGGGACUGAACGGGGACGUUGUAGCAAGUUGUCUCUCUGUGUGGACACGAACAAGUACCAGCUUGACGUUUGCCAUACCAACCUGGUCUGAUGAAUACAUCUGCUUCUCUGUAUCUGUACUUGAUACUGAGCCUAUAGUAGGCUGCAAUCUCCGGUGCACUAUACACCUUCCUCUGGUGGGUAUGAGAGAAUAUCCAACAGACACUGACAAGAAUGCAAUAUUUUUAUUUUUAUUUUUAGAAAUCAAUAUUUCAGUGUAUUCAGCUGCUUGUUCAAACUCAUAAAACUGAAAGAGAAUUAAUCAAAAGUAAUUUGUAGCAUCUCAUUGAACAACGUGUAAAACAUUUUUAUCUAGUAAAAUUAUUAAAGGGUACUGCAUCUGG